GUUCGGAAGAGGUGAGCAAGACCACGUGCAGACCAUCAUCGAGGCUGUGCUCUGUUACGCAAGACAAAAAGUAUAUCCUUGGUCAUACGUCGGAUUAAGGUUGGUCACUUGUGCUGCUCAGUCCUGCCACAGUGCUUCUCAUUGGGACCAGAAAAACUUGUUACCUGCAACGUGGAGCCAGCUCAUCAACUCGCCUCGUAGCUUCUCGUUACCCGAUGUUCUGGCUCAGGCAGAAGUGUCUUGCUCCUCUGGUCGCGCUCAAACCCGCUGCCCCCCUUGUGCAUGGCAACGAGGCUCAUCUUGAAAGUGGGCGGAUCCUCCAACCAAACCCGAAAUGCUCAUGGACUGCAGCUGCAGGCGCUUGGACAGCGGAGACUGAAAGCCCUAAUGCAGCAUCUGUCCAGGAAGUAGCAAGCAAAUAGGCAGCCAGCAAUGUUUAUGGAAUGCGGGUCGUCUGGUCUAGUCAAUGCCUAUUGCUGACAGAGUUCAACGUCUGCUAUCUGUCACUGACAGAACUUGCCUGUCCUGGCUGGUGGGGUCGACAGCAAAAUGCCUGGGGCCUGACACGCCCGGAAUACAUCCCCGCAAGGGAGAGCGGAUUUCGGGCUUCCAUGGCCACAUCGUAUGCUUGUCGCUGCAUAGAUAGCACUGUUGCAUUAACCAGGGCGCCUUUUGACAGCUGCGCUCUACUACCACAAUGGCAGGACGCUGGUGGUAUUUGUCAUGCAAGGAUCCUGGUCCACGAUAAAGCAGACCUGCCACCACCAUCCCACACCCCGCGGAGGAUCCUUGUGGUGACAACCGGCUGGUGUGUGGUUGGCACCAAGGCCGCCUUGCAUGAUGCAGCGAGGGUCCAUCGCCAGCGAUUACCGCUCCUGAGCUGCGAGUCAGACACAGAAAGACAACGAGGACGAGACAUGCGCAUGCUGCACGACUGCUCAGACGACCUCGCCCGGGCGCCUGCGAGCACCCACGCAGUAAACUCGAUCAUGGCGCUUAUCAGCUGUUGCAGACCCCAACAAGGCCGCCCAAGUACGCGAGCGGCGCCUUGGAGCAGCGUGGCUUGGCUGGCGGGAUCGUCAUGUGGCGCCAUUGACGUCUAGUGCAGAGGUGCCGGCAACGGAGGAGGACGAUCGGUCCUGUCUGUAGGCUAUCGGUUCCCUCUGACCUGACCGCUCCUGACUGAUGGCUGCAGCUGCAGGCGGCCCUGUGCCUGUUUCGUGCCUUCUCGAAGGCAGCGCAAGCCCGGCCGCUGGGAUGGUGGGCUCGGCUGCCAGAAG